UGUGACGUCAUUACGGUGCGACGCGAUGAAGGAGGCGCUGGUGCUGCAGAGCCGCGUGGCGGCGCAUCCCGAGGCGCGGUGCUGGUUCCUGGCGUGGAGCCCAAACGGGAACCUCAUCGCGUCCUGCGGCGGGGACCGGGCCGUGAGAGUGUGGGGGCGGGACGGUACCGAGGGAGGUCAGCUGGAGGCUUGCCGUGCUGUGCUGUCUGAUGGCCACCAACGCACAGUGAGGAGAGUGGCCUGGUCGCCCUGUGGCUCCUAUUUGGCCUCUGCCAGCUUCGACGCCACCACGUGCAUCUGGAAGCGCUGCCAGGACGGCUUCGAGUGCGUCACCACAUUGGAAGGACACGAAAACGAGGUGAAGUCGGUGGCCUGGGCGCCGUCGGGCAGCCUGCUGGCAACGUGCAGCCGGGACAAGAGCGUGUGGGUCUGGGAAGUGGAUGAAGAGGAGGAAUACGAGUGUGUCAGCGUCCUCAACUCUCACACUCAGGACGUCAAGCACGUGGUGUGGCAUCCCAACCAGGAGCUCCUGGCUUCAGCCAGCUACGACGACACGGUGAAGCUGUACCACGAGGAGGAGGACGACUGGGUUUGUUGUGCCACGUUGGAGGGUCACGAAUCCACCGUGUGGAGCAUCGCGUUCGAUGGCAGCGGGCAGCGCCUGGCGUCCUGCAGCGACGACAAGACCGUGCGCAUCUGGCAGUGCUACAAGCCGGGCAAUGAGGAGGGGGUGACGUGCAGCGGCAACGACCCCACUUGGAAAUGCGUCUGCAACCUGUCAGGGUACCACAGCAGAACCAUCUAUGACGUGUCGUGGUGCCGCCUCACCGGAGCAUUGGCCACAGCCUGCGGUGACGACGCCAUCCGUGUGUUCGAGGAGAGCACGUCGUCCUCCUCCCCGCAGCAGCAGCCCACGUUCAGUCUGACAGCACACGUAGCACGGGCUCACACCCAGGAUGUCAAUUGCGUGGCCUGGAACCCGAAGGAGCCGGGGCUGCUCGCGUCCUGCAGCGACGAUGGGGAGAUGGCGUUCUGGAAGUACCAGCAGCCCGAGCUGUGCUGAGGGUUUGGGGCACUGUGAGAUGGCUGAGCUCCUCCUAAAGCCCAGUGCUGUUACGGGAUGGGGGUGACCAAGCUGUGUCCUGCCCCCCUGCACCAUUUGGACUCCAGGUGAAUUGUGGCUGUCCCAAAGCUCUGCUGGGAGCUGGGGGGGCUUAGAGAGAAGGGAUCGCUGCCUCCUGCUGCUGGCUGCUCAAUAAAUCCCUGCUGUCAA